AUGUUCCUUGUCUUUCUCCAGAGACUUGACCUCAGCAGCCAGUGCUNGUUGGGUUCAGCUAUUGACACACACUAUGGUUCUUUGGAAUCACUGAUACAAAAGAUCAAUACCGAAGGUGCUGCUUUACAGGGCUCCGGAUGGGUGUGGCUUGCUGUGGACAAAGAGUUGAAAAGGCUAGUGAUUGAAACCACUGCAAAUCAGGACCCACUAGUUACCAAAGGACCAAGUCUGGCUCCUCUUCUUGGUAUCGAUGUUUGGGAACAUGCAUACUACUUACAGUACAAAAAUGUUAGACCAGAUUACCUCAAGAACGUAUGGAAAGUCAUGAACUGGAAAUAUGCCAGUGAAGUUUUUGAGAAAGAGUGUCUUUAA